UCCAGGUGCUCUGACAUGUUCUCCCUGUGUCAGCGUGGGUUUCCUCCAGGUGCUCUGACAUGUUCUCCCUGUGUCAGCGUGGGUUUCCUCCAGGUGCUCUGACGUGUUCUCCCUGUGUCAGCGUGGGUUUCCUCCAGGUGCUCUGACGUGUUCUCCCUGUGUCAGCGUGGGUUUCCUCCAGGUGCUCUGACAUGUUCUCCCUGUGUCAGCGUGGGUUUCCUCCAGGUGCUCCGACAUGUUCUCCCUGUGUCAGCGUGGGUUUCCUCCAGGUGCUCUGACAUGUUCUCCCCGUGUCAGUGUGGGUUUCCUCCAGGUGCUCUGACAUGUUCUCCCCGUGUCAGUGUGGGUUUCCUCCAGGUGCUCCCACAUGUUCUCCCUGUGUCAGCGUGGGUUUCCUUCAGGUGCUCUGACAUGUUCUCCCUGUGUCAGCGUGGGUUUCCUCCAGGUGCUCCAGCUUCCUCCCACAGUCCAAAGACAUGCAGGUUAAUUGGUGACUCUAAAUUGUCCGUAGGUGUGAAUGUGAGUGUGAAUGGUUGUUUGUCUCUAUGUGUCAGCCCUGUGAUAGUCUGGUGACCUGUCCAGGGUGAACCCUGCCUCUCGCCCAGUGUCAGCUGGGAUAGGCUCCACCCCACUGCGACCCCCAACAGGAUAAGUGGUUACGGAAAAUGAAUGAAUGAAUGUAGGGUUUCCUAUUAUAGAAGGAUCGGCGAGAUAUUCCUGAGCUGCACAACAUUUCUGUCUCUCUGUCGGCCAUCUUGGUUUUAAUAAUUUAUGUUGCACUCCUGACAUCUGGCCAGUAGGUGGCAGUGUGUGACACUGAGGUUGAUUGUAAAUAUAUGACUCCAGCAACAACAUCAGCAGCUCUUAAAGAAUUAACAAACAUGGUUUAAUGUUUAAAAUGUUUGUGUGACAGAGUGAGACCUCCCUCUGAUGAGGCGAGCUGGAGUCCGUCAGUGACAUCAUCAGCAGGUGACACCCUUCCCAUGGUGCCCCACAGCCUCCGGGGUCGCCAUGGGAGACGAGACAUACCCAGAAUACCGAGCUCAGGAGCUAUUUGAUGAGUUUGUGUCGGCGUCAACCUGCAGGGCGGCACUGUGGUCCUUCAGCCAGCUGUGUGAACACCUGCAGCUGGACCGCAGCACUGCUGAAAGGCCGCUGUACCGACCAAUCAAACGGCGCCUCAACUACUGGAGGGCCAAUGCUCUGUGGGCCAAACUGGACCGAAGGGCCACCCAGCAGGAGUACCAGAGGGCCCGAGUCUGCAGCAACACCACUUGUGUGAUCAUCGGGGCGGGGCCCUGUGGUCUGCGGACAGCAGUGGAGCUGAGCUUUAUGGGAGCUAGGGUAGUGCUGCUGGAGAAGAGAGACUCCUUCUCCAGGAACAACGUACUCCACCUGUGGCCCUUCACCAUCCACGACCUGCGGGGCCUCGGGGCCAAAAAGUUCUACGGAAAGUUCUGCGCUGGUUCCAUCGACCACAUCAGUAUCCGUCAACUGCAACUGGUCCUGCUGAAGGUGGCCUUACUGCUGGGGGUGGAGGUCCAUGUCAACGUGGAGUUCAAGAACCUGGUGGUGCCGCCGGAGGAUCAGUACAGACACAAGGUGGGUUGGAGGAUGGAGGUGAGUCCAAAGGCUCAUCCUGUCAAUCAGCUGGAGUUUGACGUCAUCAUCGGAGCAGACGGACGGAGGAACACACUUCCAGGUUUCAGACGUAAAGAGUUCCGGGGUAAGUUGGCGAUCGCCAUCACUGCGAACUUUAAAAACAGAAACACAUCAGCUGAGGCCAAAGUGGAGGAGAUCAGCGGCGUUGCCUUCAUCUUCAACCAGAGGUUCUUCCAGGAACUGCGACAGGAAACAGGGAUCGACCUGGAAAACAUCGUUUACUACAAAGACGACACACACUACUUUGUGAUGACGGCCAAGAAACAGAGUCUGCUGGAGAAGAGGGUCAUCAAACAGGACUUUGCGGACACUGAGCUGCUUCUGUCUCGGGGGAACGUGGACCAGAAUGCGUUGCAGGCGUACGCCCGCGAGGCUGCAGACUUCUCCACCAAUCACCAGUUGCCAUCUCUGGACUUCGCCAUGAAUCACUAUGGUCAGCCGGACGUCGCCAUGUUCGACUUCACCUGCAUGUACGCAUCAGAGAACGCCGCCUUGAUUCGCCAACGCUACGGUCACCAGCUGCUGGUCACACUGGUGGGAGACAGUCUGCUGGAGCCCUUCUGGCCGAUGGGGACAGGAAUCGCUCGAGGAUUCCUGGCAGCUCUGGAUUCAGCCUGGAUGAUCCGAUCGUGGUCUCAGGGAGGAGCUCCGCUGGAUGUCCUCGCAGAGAGAGAGAGUCUGUACCGUCUCCUCCCUCAGACGACACCAGAGAACCUUCAGAAGAACAUCAGUCUGUUUACUGUCGACCCGACGACCAGAUACCUGAACGUCAACCUGCUGCUGGUCACACCUGUACAGGUGAGACACCUGGUGGACACAGGUGAGGAGGCCGGGCUGAACACACACAGUGGUGACAUCACGCGGCUGCCGUCUCCAGGACUCCGCCCACAAAGUUCCUUGUCUCAGUCCAAUCAGCUGCUCUCCUGGUGUCAGGAGCAGACCCGUGGUUACCGUGGCGUCGCCGUCACUGACCUCACCACUUCCUGGAAGAGCGGCCUCGCCCUCUGCGCCCUGAUUCACCGCUUCAGACCUGACCUCAUAGACUUUGACUUGUUGGACGUGUCCUCUGUGGAGGACAACACUCGUCUGGGCUUCGAUGUGGCCGAACGUCAGUUUGGGAUUUCUCCUCUGAUGACGGUGGACGAGAUGGCGUCCUUUGGAGAACCCGACUCUCUGUCCAUGGUGAUGUACCUGAGUCAGUUCUACCAGAUCCUCAAAGACUCGCCGCCCCCUGCCGGGACUCUGAGUCAGAGCUCUGACCUGAGAUCAGCUCUCAUCACUCCAGCCUCAUUGCUCAGCAGACUGGGACUCAGUCCGUCCAGGAAGAGGAACCCAAAGGAGCAGAAGGACACUGUGGGCAAGCGGAGGAGGACCAGCCGAGUGUGUCGAGAUCAGCAGGAGUCAUGUGACCUGAACCGUGAUGAUGUCAGCCAGGUGUGUGACGAGGCCUUUGUGGGUGGGGCCAGUGGCUCCAGAGUGCGUCUGAUGGCCAAUCAGCUGCAGGCGAAGCUGGACGAGAGCUCCGCCUCCUGCAGGAGUUCUUCUUCUUGUUCUGCUGCAGCGGCGUCUUUAUGUCGACAGCAGGGGGAGCUGUCGUCCAGCCUUCCUCCAUCAUCACAGUCUGCAGACUGUCAGUCCACCGCUGCUCCGCUACAGACCUCUUCAUGGAGACCGAGGAAGCGAACUCUUCAGCAGGAACAGAUGAGUUUUCGGUUCAGAGAGAAGGUCAGGUCUCAGUCCGUCGUCAGCAGGGAUGAGCAGGUGUGCAGCGGCGGCGGCAGCAGUGACGUGUGUUUCUUCUGUCAGAGACGAGUGUACCUGAUGGAGCGUCUGAGCGCAGAGAGUUUGUUCUUCCAUCGCAGCUGUUUCCAGUGUUUCCACUGCGGCUCCACCCUGCGCCUGGCGGCGUACGCCUUCGACCAACACAACCGGAGGUUUUACUGUCUGCAGCACUACGACUCUCGACUCAACGCCCCGACUGCCAAGAGGAGGUCAACGCCGUCUGACAGAGGCACCUCACACCGCACAUCAAUCGCGUCUCUGUGUUCGGCCCCGUCAGGCUCCUCUGCAGACUCUCUGAUCUCAGCAGAGCGUCGGCGCUCCUCAGUGGUUUCUGUGAUGGCGGCAACACCCGAGAGGAUCGAGCUGGAGAACUACCGCCGCAGCUCGACCAAGGUGGAGGCGGAGCUUCUGGAGGAGCCAGAGGAGGUGUCAGAAGAGACGCUGAACCGCUUCAACCUGACCAUGGACGAGAAGGUCCGCCACAGAUCCAGUUCAGGGUCGCAGAUGGAGGAAGAGGAGGAGGAAGGCAGCCAUCGACAUCGUGUGACAUCAGAAGAGGCCAAAGCUUCAUGGAGGGAAACUCUGCAGCAACACCUCCACCUGAGGGAAGAGGAGGAGGAGGAGGAGGAGGCAGAGGAGGAGGAGGAGGAGGAGGAUGAAGAUGAUGAAGAAGAAGAAGAGGAAGAGGAGGAAAGCAGUGAGGUGGAGUCCAGUGACGAGGAGGAGUUUCCUCCAGUCGUCUCCUCACCUGCAGGAAGUGACAUCACACAGUGUGACACACCUGUGGAGCCUGACUCCACCUCCGGCCCGCUGCCCUGUGUCACCUCCUCCACACCUCCGUAUGAGACUCCACCAACUGCCAACACGCCGUCCACUGCCUCCUUCGUCACCACGCCUGACUCCACCCCUGACAUAGACAGAGACACAGCUCCACCCACACAGCUCACACCUGUUGUCAUGGAAACUGCUCAGAGACAGCCUGCUGGAGGGCGGGGCUCUUUUGAUGACAUCAACCCUGAAGUGCUACAGACUAGGCCCCGCCUUCUGCAGGCCAGAGGGGCGGGGCCAGGAGAGGAUAAGGAGGUGUCAGAGGAAGAGGGGGCGGGGUCAGAGGAGGUGAGGAGGAGGAGGAGACUUAAAGGAGCCCAAACCCUCCCCAUUUGCCUCCUCCUCCCUCCUCUGCAGGCUGGGGGCGGGGCUCUCCUCCACCAGCUGAAGGGGCUCAGAGAGGCUCCGCCCCUCGGACAGAUGGAGGUGGAAGGGGGCGGAGCCAGAGCCCUGUGGAGGACGGUGUUUUCGGUAAACAGGAAGGAGAAGCAGAGGAAGAAGAGAGGCAGGACUUUACCUCCAGGUGCAGGGAAGGUGAAGACAACCAAUCAGAGGAGAGCUACAGAUGUGACAGAAGAGUCUGAUCUGGUCUCCUCAGCUCUGCUGCAGAGGUGUUCACUGACACCCCGGAACAACCUGCGUCUGGAACUGUUUGACCUGACAUCUGAAAUUCAGAGAGUCACGAUAAAGGAGGAAGAGGAGGAGGAGAACCAGGAGCCGGCAUACGUUCCUCACGCUCUGGCAUUUAAACGAGCUUACGCCAUCAAGAGACGCUCUCGAAAGGACAGAGUCCCGGUCCAGGACUCUGAGAGACGGUCUUCAUGUUCCACCGAGGUGGUGGGGGUCUUGGUCCAGCCGAAGGAGCCAUCUAGUCUCAGCGUGAAGGAGACCAUGUUCCAGAGGGGACAGGAGGACGAAGAGGAAGACCUGGAUACCAAAAUCACCCGACGAGUUCAGAGAGCUGCUCGAAGGAAUGCCAAACAGGAGCAGCUGAAGAGACUCCACAAAGCCCAGAUGAUCCAGAGACAGCUGCAGCAGGUGGAGGAGAAACAGAGACAGCUGGAGGAGAGAGGAGUGAUGGUGGAGAAGGCUCUGAGAGGAGAAGCAGAUUACUGGGGUGACUCCAACGACAACCAGGACAUCGAGCUUCACCUGGAAGGACUGGGUAAACUGGACAAUCCGGCUCUGAUGCAGCAGUGGUUCCAGUUGGUCCAGCAGAAGAACUCUCUGAUCCGAUACGAAUCUGAACUCAUGAUAUUUGCUCGAGAGUUGGAGUUGGAGGACCGACAGAGUCGUCUGCAGCAGGAGCUCAGAGAGCGUAUGGCCGUGGACGACCACCUGAAGGAGGAGUGGCAGCUGCUGGAGGAGCGCCUGAUCCUGGAGGAGAUGUUGGAGGUGGUGGAGCAGAGAGACUCUCUGGUGUCUCUGCUGGAGGAGCAGAGACUGCAAGAGCGACAGGAGGACCAGGACCUGGAGGAGGUCAUGAUGACCCGAGGACUGGGACUUAGCUGGACCUGAAGUGGUCUGCAGUGAUGUCAUCAGAACCACAAAUCUGAUGACAUCACUGUAACCAGGAAAACUACGCCAACGGGUGUAGAAGAACUUUGGUCCCGAUCUGAAUUGGACUCUAAAGAACUGACCAAACCAGAUGGAAAUAAAUUCAGUGAACGGAUCUGAGACCUGAAGACAGUCUGAGACAUGGACCAAGACAGAGGAGACAACCUGCAGACUCAGGUGGACUCAUCUUCAGCCUGAAGUCUUCAGCCCAAACCUUUUUCCUCGUCUUCUUCUUCUUCUUCUUCUUCUUCUUACCGGAACGUGUCAUGGUUACCAUGUUCUCAUGAAUCAGUCAGAGUGUCUCACAGCGGGUACAGAACUUUCUCAGGACAUGUUUUGUUGACUCAGCAGAACUGAACUAGAACAACACACAGGAAGUGACUUCAUUCAUGAGCCAACAGCAGACAGUUUGACUAGUUCAUGUGAUCAUCUCAUUAAUGAUCAGUUCAUGAAGGAUUCUGUUAACGAGCAGUUGUUGUGAUGGAGUGAAUAAGUGAAUGACUCCUCUGUUAAUCCAAUGCACAUAAAGUUGUGAAUGUGACGUCAGCUGCUAAGCUAACCUGUAACAUGCUAGCUAACUGGAAAUAUGCUAAUGCUAACCCACCAAGCUAGCUAGCUCACUAACAGCCAGUUAGCGCUGCAUCACAGUCUCGUCUCCACCACAGCCAAGUGUUGAAGUGUUGACUAAACACAAAAAGUUAAGUACUUUAACUACUUACAUCAGUCAUUACUUUUUUAACUAGUUAAUUUGUGUGUUGUGUAACUAGUUAAAUGAGUAAAUUAAUUAGUUACAGUUGAGGCCAUAAAUUUAAAUUUACCUUGGCUGAAGAAAUUCAAACUUCAUAUUUCACAUCUUUAUAUUCUUCAUGUCACCAUGUUGUUUUUCUCUGGUGAAGUUUGUAUCUACUUUAUUUUCAUCAGAGAUUAUUUCAAAAUCAGAGACAAGAUAAAAAUGUAUUUCAGCUUUUAUUUACUGAGACAGAUUUUCAGUGGGUGAAAAGUUUGAAUACACUCUGUUAGUAUAUUGUCACUUUGCUUUUCAGCUCCUUCACAGCUCCUUUGGUGGUGUCUCAGGGUUCAGUUGAACCUUUUGGGUCGAGGUUCGUUCAGUCCUCGGGGAAAUUUUUCUCUAUCUUCCACAACGAUUCAGCCUCUGUGUGGUUCAGACUCUUGGAAACUGCUCCUAAAGAUGAACCAGACUUGUGAAGGGCCACAGUUCUUUUUGCUUGGAGUUUGCAUGUUCUUCCUGUGUCAGUGUGGGUUUCCUCCAGGUGCUCUGACAUGUUCUCCCUGUGUCAGCGUGGGUUUCCUCCAGGUGCUCUGACAUGUUCUCCCUGUGUCAGCGUGGGUUUCCUCCAGGUGCUCUGACAUGUUCUCCCUGUGUCAGUGUGGGUUUCCUCCAGGUGCUCCGACAUGUUCUCCCCGUGUCAGUGUGGGUUUCCUCCAGGUGCUCUGACAUGUUCUCCCCGUGUCAGCGUGGGUUUCCUCCAGGUGCUCCCACAUGUUCUCCCUGUGUCAGCGUGGGUUUCCUCCAGGUGCUCUGACAUGUUCUCCCUGUGUCAGUGUGGGUUUCCUCCAGGUGCUCCCACAUGUUCUCCCUGUGUCAGUGUGGGUUUCCUCCAGGUGCUCUGACAUGUUCUCCCUGUGUCAGCGUGGGUUUCCUCCAGGUGCUCCGACAUGUUCUCCCUGUGUCAGCGUGGGUUUCCUCCAGGUGCUCUGACAUGUUCUCCCCGUGUCAGCGUGGGUUUCCUCCAGGUGCUCUGACAUGUUCUCCCCGUGUCAGCGUGGGUUUCCUCCAGGUGCUCUGACAUGUUCUCCCUGUGUCAGCGUGAGUUUCCUCCGGGUGCUCCCACAUGUUCUCCCUGUGUCAGUGUGAGUUUCCUCCAGGUGCUCUGACAUGUUCUCCCUGUGUCAGCGUGGGUUUCCUCCAGGUGCUCUGACAUGUUCUCCCUGUGUCAGCGUGAGUUUCCUCCAGGUGCUCUGACAUGUUCUCCCUGUGUCAGCGUGGGUUUCCUCCAGGUGCUCUGACAUGUUCUCCCUGUGUCAGCGUGAGUUUCCUCCAGGUGCUCUGACAUGUUCUCCCUGUGUCAGCGUGAGUUUCCUCCAGGUGCUCUGACAUGUUCUCCCUGUGUCAGCGUGGGUUUCCUCCAGGUGCUCUGACAUGUUCUCCCUGUGUCAGCGUGAGUUUCCUCCAGGUGCUCUGACAUGUUCUCCCUGUGUCAGCGUGGGUUUCCUCCAGGUGCUCCCACAUGUUCUUCCUGUGUCAGCGUGGGUUUCCUCCAGGUGCUCUGACAUGUUCUCCCUGUGUCAGCGUGGGUUUCCUCCAGGUGCUCCAACAUGUUCUCCCUGUGUCAGCGUGGGUUUCCUCCAGGUGCUCCCACAUGUUCUCCCUGUGUCAGCGUGGGUUUCCUCCAGGUGCUCCAACAUGUUCUCCCCGUGUCAGCGUGGGUUUCCUCCAGGUGUUCUGACAUGUUCUCCCCGUGUAGGCGUGUGUGUUGUUCUAAUCAGUUCAUCCUUAACUCGAAGUGGACGUUUGUGCCAAAUUUAAAACAGUUCAUUUAGAGUGUUGUGAUGAUGUGUAUACGAGAAUCAGAUGGACGUAUGGGCAUAUUAAAAUUAUAACCCCCCUGAGACAUACAGACCUUGAC